AUGUUUCAAGUUUUAAUUUUAGUGGGCGACGAGGUCGAUGCUAUUUUAUCUUACUGCUUUCAGAAACAGCCCAAACAGCCCCUCACUUUGCAUUGCUUCACUCUCCGAGUCUUUCACUCUUCAGCUCCGUUCAGCUUACAGAGGCGCACGUUAACCAUGCUUAAUCUACACACCCGCUCACCCGUUCUUCAACCUCCCUGCACUCCCUUAGCCAUGUUUUCCCGCAACACAAACCGCUUCCCGCCAUUUAGUACCGUUGGACUUCACUUUCAGGGCUUUUCUGCACAGCCGGGGGAGCACGGGACCUCCGUAUUCGUUGCAAAAGCGGGUCGGGGCCUAAGGCUGAAGACCCAGAAAGCGAGUGACGGAGAAGAAGAUAAAGACGGCGGCUUUGUGGAUAUAGAUUUCGAAGUUGCAGCUGAAUCCGAAGACGGGUUUCCGGGUCGGACCGGCUUCGGAGGGAGAGAGGAAGAAAAGGACUUUGAUCGGGAUCCCGAGUUUGCUGAAAUUAUGGGUGCUUGUCUUGAUGACCCAGAAAAAGCUAGGUCCAAGAUGGAAGAUAGGUUGAGGAAGAAAAGGAACAAGAUUUUGCAGACAAAGUCUGGUUCAGGGCUGCCCAUGAAUGUGACAUUCAACAACUUUGGUUUUUCAAACUCGUAUAUAUGGUUUGAAUUCUACAACACUCCAUUGGAGCAAGAUGUUACCUUAAUCUCUGAUACCAUUCGAUCAUGGCACAUCAUUGGGCGCAUGGGUGGAUGCAAUUCCAUGAAUAUGCAGUUGUCACAGUCUCCUUUCGAUAAACGACCAAGUUAUGAUGCGAUUCAGGGAGCAAAUGUGACCCCAACUACUUUUUACAAUAUCGGAGAUCUUGAGGUUCAGGACAACUUAGCACGUGUUUGGGUGGAUAUCGGCACCAGUGAACCAUUGCUACUGGAUGUUCUAAUAAACGCAUUGACUCAGAUAAGCUCCGACUUUGUCGGAAUCAAGCAAGUGGUGUUUGGUGGAUCUGAAUUUGAAAACUGGAAGGAGAACAUGACAUCAGAGGAUGCAGGUUAUAGCAUCCACAACAUUUAGCCAAUUCGUGGUGCAUCGGAGAUUUCUAUACAACGCAGUUAAGUCAUGGCUUUUUACGCUCAACAUCUGAAAAUUGAAGAUCUCAGACUUGAUACAAGUGCAGUCAAGAUUGUAGACGUUGGGGCAAGCCAAUUCGGUGAUAACUUCAAGUCGCGUACCUCGUGUUUUUUAUCCUCGUGGUUUCAGUUAUUUGGAUUAUGGAAAAUUUUGGAACUUGCACAAAAUACAUUGACAAUUUUCUUCGCA